AUGGACAACAACCCUCUCAUGAGCCCGCCGCCCUCGAUUCUCGUGUGUGACUUCAAUCAUUCUCCUUACCCUCAUCGCCGUCACUCCUCUAUCUCUUCCAAGUCCCCAUCCAAGUCCACCAGGGCUGCGGCGCGCAAUCCCUCUCUCCAAUCCAUUCCCUCCGCACCUGGACCAAUGACCAUUCCAAAUGCAAAGGAGCCUCUGGCACCACCACCACUACCGCCACCUCGGUACAUUGAGGACCUCGCAAUUGGCCAGGACUCAGGAUGGAAGUGGAGGAAUAGCUUCGAGCAAGGAGAAUAUGGGAAUCCUACACUCCCUCCCAUAAAACCCUCCUCAAGUCUCGUGGGUGGUGGUCACACUCGCCCUGAGCUGGUUUGUCGAACUGAAGGGGUUAAUUUUGAUAAUGAUACCAAAAAGGGUGCCGUAAUGUCUAUUGCCAGCAAAGUCACACCAGAAUUCAAUCGCAGAUCUGCAGUGCCGACGUCUGGGGAUGUGCCUUUUUCUGGUUCAAUAUCGUCUAGCUUUCCCAAUCCACUAUUGCAAGGAGAAAAACCACUAUCUGAAAAAUGUGUGGAACGAUCCUCCAAUGCGUACGACCAACACCUUCUCUCUAAAAUAGGUAAAUCAAGCUCCCCGCCUCGACCAUCCAUCAGCCUUGGGAGUUACGGCCAUACAGAGUUUGCGACACUUUCAUUCCACUCAAAAAACCGAAGCGGUCUUUCCAGCCUAUCAAUUGGAGACGGUUCUCUGAGUCCUCGUGAUACAGCACCCCGAUGGGCCAGCACACCUCAAUCCGCUGGAGUAUCGCCUGGCACAAGACAAGGAUGGACUGAUUACGUCAGCUAUCGGAGCCCAAGUGUUGAUAGCACAGCUCAUCAUCAAUUAGAUUUCGACCAUUUUCGGGAUAGGAAUCUCUCUCCAGGGACGCACCACCCGAACAACGAUGCAGGCAGCGUACAGAGCCGGUCUAAUCGGGGCAGUUAUGACCAGAGCAUUUUCCCGGAUUCGGAAUUAGAGUUUUCUAUUGACGAAUCAGCUCAAUCGCGACAGUUAAGUAUUGAUGAUCGAGCAUCGACCCGUGUGGAGAGCAUGUCGCCGUCAAGGCAGGUCAUGAAGCGAAGGGCCUCCUCCCCCCCACGAGAAGUAGUUUCAGACGAAUUACAUGCUCUUCAUACAAGUACAAGCAAUGGUGAUCUUGACCAACGGAGGACAACUGGAUUUCCUUUCAACAGUUGCACAUCGCCUAGUGCCCCGUACCAGCCAAGCCAUGGAUCCAUUUCUUCAGUGUCUUCUGCGAGUCUGCGAACUGGUUCCUACGCAUCUUCCACGGGACUCUCUGUUGCGGCCAGCAGCAUGACCAGCUUGUCUUCAUAUGAUCGACCUUCCCCUGGAGGAAUUUCCCCUACCACAGAAGUGGAUCCGCCAUACGAAAAGGGAUUUGUGAGCCCAAACCCCCGUAAAUCACUUUCUGGUCUUCCAUCCUCAAGAACAUCUUAUCGAGAUCAUACCGAUGUAAAAAGUGGGCCAUCAGGCCGCAACAUGUCGCUCCCGAAUACUCUGAGUGUAUCUAAGGCCACCCCGCCCAGGUUAAAUCGCCUUCAUAUUUGCGAAUGCUGCCCGAAGAAGCCUAAGAAGUUCGAGACUGCAGAUGAAUUACGCUCCCAUGAAAUGGAAAAACAAUACACCUGUCAAUUUUGCAGUAAACGCUUUAAAAACAAGAACGAAGCUGAACGCCAUCAAAACUCUCUCCAUCUACGACGGCAUUCAUGGUCUUGCGCUGCCUUGUCCGGCUAUGAAGCUGCUUUCCAUCCAUCUGCUUCUCCUACGUGUCAAACACCCACGGGCCCUUCCCACGACACCUGCGGCUAUUGCGGAGAUGAAUUCACCAACUUCCCACAUCCUGAAUGGGAUCGUCGAAUCGACCAUUUGACAAAUGUGCACAAGUUCGGAGAAUGCAACCAGGCGAAGAAAUUUUACAGGGCAGACCAUUUUAGACAACAUUUGAAACACAGCCAUGCGGGCGCAAGUGGGAAAUGGACUAAUAUAUUGGAAAAUGCUUGCAUGAAAGAGGAGUCUGCAACCGAAGGGGGACUGGCAAGCAUCGGGGAACACAGUGGUGCGCGAGCCGCUGAAAAUCAUACGGAGGAUAGUAACGGAAAGUUGGAGAACGGGAACAACGGAUCGACGACCCGUGGCUCACGCAUAUCGCACACGAUUGGCAAGGUGAUAGAAGGGCCAUGA